GGAAACCAAAACAAAAUACGUUGUUGUUUAUUCUCAGUCACGCGUUCUCAGGGUUAAUGACUGCUAUAUCACUUCCUCAGAACAAGCAUGGACUGGUUGAAUAUUCUGUGUUUGAUGUGCUCACAUAUCGCCACACAAGCAGAGAUAAGCUCCACACUUCCACCUGUCUCCUGCAAGGACAACCAGCACUGUUCCGACUGUGACGGAGCAGGGAUUUGCCUGGAGUGUACUGUAGGGUAUUUCGGCCGGAGAUGCGAUGCUUUUUGUAGUGAGAAUUGUCUUAAUAAGAAAUGUACAGAAUCAGGAAAUGGCAAUGUCAACUGUACAGACGGCUGUGUCCCGGGACAUCAAGGUGCUGGCUGCAACAUACCCUGUGACAGUCAAGGAGGUAACUGUACAGCAUGUCCAGGUGGUUGUGAUGGAGGAUAUUGUCAGCUGGGGUCAUCCUGUGUGUCUGGGUGUGUACACUCCUACUACGGGACUGGCUGUAAGUCGUGUUCCAGCCGAUGCAAGAUCUGCAACAGAUCGACCGGAAGAUGCACUGAAUGUCAAUCUCCUUUUGACGGUCAGAACUGUGGAUGUGAAAACUGCCAUGGGUCUGGAGACUGUGAAAAGGGCGACUGUGAGAAUGACCCACAAGGUAAUGGUGGUCAGACAAGGAGAACACUGACUGGACUGUUGGUGUCACUACUUCUCCUUGUGUCCGGCAUCUUGGUGACACUAUGCCUGCUCUAUUACAAGCGUUUGUCCAAACAAAGGGAGCAGGCUGAACAGAGGGAACAGAUGCGUCAAGAUGAGGUGGAAUAUCUGGAGUAUUUACCGUCAGUGCAGAGAGAUACCCUCGAUACUAACCGACCUUCCAAUCAUGCCUAUUAUGAUGUUGUUGAUGGUGAGAGGCGUCCCGCCAUUGUUUUCCACUGACAACUCAUUGUUCCCAUCUACGAUACUCACAGUUUGUUAGGGAUCGCUACUUUAAAACGUCCUAUUGUGAAUAUCCCUUGUACGUGGAACGAUUCUGUCAAGCUACACCAUCUCGUGCACAUCUCAUUGUGCCACGUUCUCAAUUUUUUCACUCACUCACUCUGCCUGUGUCUCUCAGCCCGCUCCCAAACGCAGCCGUUAUCUGUGGAUGAGGACAAUGGUUAGCUUCAACGAUAACUCUGUCAGACAUGACAAUGCUCAUGUUGAAUGAAGUCGACAGCUACAGGGCGAGUGUAAAACAACAGGACAAUGGAAAACCCGCAGUUCAUGUGCUCGAGUCACAUUUCUCUUCACAUUUAACCUUGGCUUGAUGCUGUCUGUGGUGUAAGGUAUCAGGUCAUGUACUGCAAGGAAGGAUUAGAACAAUAACACCAUGCGUGGAGAUUGACUUUACUCUGUGCAAAGUGCAGAUAACAAACACUUCCUUUGACAGAACCUCCUUUUGUAGCCUCGACAUUUGUGCUACAUGUAGCCUCAAAACGUGCAUUGUUUCUUGUGUUUUGGGGGAUACCGUAAAACACCUUCAAAUAUCUAAAAUGUUUGAAACAAGUAACUGGCUGUUGUCAGUGUAUCCUCAGCCAGGGACAUACAUUGGUAAUUUAACUUCCAUAGACGACGAACGUAACAAGAAAAGAAAUGGAAAAUAUUUUCCUAUCUGGCUGCAAAUUCUGGCGCUUUGUAGCAUAUUUCAACACAACUUUAAAAAUCUAAACAUGCUAACACCAGGAAAAUCUUCAGUAAAAUCGUAAGAGGAAACAUACGUGAUACGCUGUGUUCGAGGGCUGUGUCAGGGUGGCCAUGUUUUAUAUAUUGACCUUCCUUGUCAGAGUGUGAAGUUCUGUCAGUGUGUGAUAGUGUGUCAAGGUCGCCGUGUAUUAUAUAUUGACCUUCCAUCAGAGUGUGAAGCUCAGUCAGUGUGUCGUGGGGUGGAAUCACCAUGUAUUAUAUAUUGUCCCUCCAUCAGAGUGUAAAGCUCAGUCAGUGUGUCGUGGUGUCGGGUCAACAUGUAUGUCAGUGUGUCGUGGUGUGGGGUCACCAUGUAUUAUAUAUUGUCCUUCCAUCGGAGUGUGAAGCUCAGUCAGUGUGUCGUGGGGUGUUUGGUCACCAUGUAUUAUAUAUUGUCCUUCCAUCAGAGUGUAAAGCUCAGUUAGUGUGUCGUGGUGUGGGGAUUGUCCUUCCAUCAGAGUGUGAAGCUCAGUCAGUGUGUCGUGGUGUGGGGUCACCAAGUAGUAUAUAUUGACCUUCCAUCAGUGUGUAAAGCUCAGUCAGUGUGUCGUGGGGUGGAAUCACCAUGUAUUAUAUAUUGUCCCUCCAUCAGAGUGUAAAGCUCAGUCAGUGUGUCGUGGUGUCGGGUCAACAUGUAUUAUAUAUUGUCCUUCCAUCAGAGUGUGAAGCUCAGUCAGUGUGUCGUGGUGUGGGGUCACCAUGUAUUAUAUAUUGUCCCUCCAUCAGAGUGUAAAGCUCAGUCAGUGUGUCGUGGUGUCGGGUCACCAUGUAUUAUAUAUUGUCCUUCCAUCAGAGUGUGAAGCUCAGUCAGUGUGUCGUGGUGUGGGGUCACCAUGUAUUAUAUAUUGUCCUUCCUUGUCAGAGUGUAAAGCUCAGUCAGUGUGUCGUGGUGUGGGGUCAACAUGUAUUAUAUAUUGUCCUUCCUUGUCAGAGUGUAAAGCUCAGUCAGUGUGUCGUGGUGUGGGGUCAACAUGUAUUAUAUAUUGACCUUCCUUGUCAGAGUGUAAAGCUCUAUCAGUGUGUCGUGGUGUGGAAUCACCAUGUAUUAUAAAUUGUCCUUCCAUCAGAGUGUAAAGCUCUAUCAGCGUGUCGUGGUGUGGGGUCACCAUGGAUUAUAUAUUGUCCUUCCUUAUCAGAGUGUACAGCUCAGUCAGUGAGUCAUGGUGUUGGCAGUCACGCUGAUAUGGGCAUUGCCGUUAUCAAGGUAACUGUGUCACAACCACAGGAUAGCAUAUAGUGUGUAUUUGUCAACUACAGCCCUACAGGUGGGGCAGGACACUGACACCCUUUUCCCCGACACCUGGUGCCACUGAUUGUCACAGGUCUUUUCACAAAUACACACAUAUGUGAGCAUACCUUUCCCUUUACAUCCAACUGAAUCGGUUUCUGGGGAUAUAAAUGAUGUGAUAUAUUUGAACUGACAAUUUCUUAUUGUCAAUCCGGUCUUCUGUCUCACAAAAGAAGAGGAACGUCACAGUUUUGAAAUAGUUUGAAGACAUUUAGCUCACCUGAUCCGAAUAAAACAUGUUCGUGUUA